CUUUCUCCAAGGGGCAUUGCUGAAAUUUCUUCAUCCCGCUCUACCAAGUGUUGUCUCUGGUGCUACUGAAGGGCCAUCAACAUCGUCUUCGUCACAUGUUUAUGAGGAGGAGCAAGUGGAAGACAACAUUGCGGCGUCCACACCACUUCCCAGCAGUGGUUCAACAGAAGCAGUGCCAUCAACUCCAUCACGACUUGAGGAGGAGCAAGUGGAAGCAUCCACACCACUUCCCAGCAGUGGUUCAACAGAAGUGCCAUCAACUCCAUCUCCACUUCAUGAGGAGGACAAAGAGGAAGAUGACAUUGACAUGGCAGAGACCACCCCACCAUCCAGAACUGGGGUACCUGUAGGUAUUGCAAGCACCACAUUAAGUGAUGACCCAGGAUGUUGGCCCAGUGUCCUAACAAGCAGUAUGCGCUGUGAAAUAGUCAAAAAAGGACCUGUGCAAAUCAUGGACAUUGAAUUCCCGCAAAACUUAGACAAUCCUCCUCGAAGAUUCACCAAGGACAGUUACAAAAGAACCAUGAAAAAUGGUGAGAAUAUACAUCGAUCGUGGCUGGUGUAUUCCAUCCACACAGAUGGAGUGUUCUGUUUCCCUUGUACUGUUUUCGGGAAGCGUGAGCGUGACAAUGCCUUAACGACCUGUGGCUACGGUGGAUGGAAGAACCUUUCCUAUCGCCUAAAAAAACACGAGUGCACAAAGGUGCACUGUGACAAUGUGAAAAAGUGGCACGACCUUCAGAGGAGACUGCAAACCAGUACACUGAUUGAUCAAAGACAGAUGGAGUUGAUGCAACUUGAAGUUGAACACUGGAAAGGCGUGAUUCGGAGAGUGAUUGCCAUAGUUUCCCAUCUGGCAGAACGCAACCAGGCUUUGAGAGGAACUACCAGUACCGUGUAUGAUCGCCACAAUGGGAAUUUUCUGGCUCAAGUGGAACUCCUAGCACAGUUUGAUCCGGUAAUGAAUGAACACAUCAGACGAAUACAAUGCAAAGAGACAAAGGUGCAUUACCUGAGUGGAGUCAUUCAGAACGAAAUCAUUCAGCUGGUCGGAGACAAAAUCCUACAGGAGAUUGCAAGAAGAGUGCACAAAGCAAAAUACUUCUCCGUGAUCAUGGAUUGCACUCCUGACAUCAGCCACAAGGAACAACUUUCUGUUGUUCUCAGGAUUGUCAACUGUGAAACACCUGUUUCUAUUGCUGAGCAUUUUUUGGGAUUUGUACAUGUUGAAGACACAACUGGUAAAGGGCUCAGUGAAAUCCUGCUUGACCAGUUGGAGAAGCACAACCUCAGCAUUUCAGAUUGCCGUGGGCAGUCAUACGACAAUGGCAGCAAUAUGAUGGGCCACAAACAGGGUGUGCAGGCAAGAAUUUUAGAGCUGAACAACAAGGCGCUAUGCAUCCCAUGCAGCAGUCACACACUAAAUCUGGUUGUGUCAGAUGCUGCCAAGUCUUCAGUGUUGUCCAUGUCUUUUUUUGGUAUGCUGCAACGACUGUACAACCUUUUCAGUUCCUCUGUGCACCGCUGGGCAAUUUUGAAGCAGCAUGUGAAGCAGCUCACCCUUAAGCCACUUUCAGGGACGAGAUGGGAGGCCCGAAUUGACAGUGUGAAGGUAGUGCGGUACCAUCUACCUGAAAUACUAGACGGACUGUCAGCACUGGAGACAUAUGCUACAGAGAAGGGGGACUCAGAGACCAUGUCCUCAGCAAAAAGCUUACAUGGUGAGCUUAAAACAUGGUCCUUUCUUCUGUGCACAAUAACCUGGUACAACGUUUUGUAUCAGGUUAACCAUAUGAGCAAGCUCCUCCAGAGCCCGGAUGUUUCAAUGCAAACACUGAAAAAAGAAACCGAGGGAGUGACAGAGUACCUAGAAGAUUUCAGGGAAAAUGGACUCGCAUCAAGCCAAACGGAUGCAAUGGAGAUUGCAGAAGAUCUGGAAAUUGAGAGGAAAUUGCCUGAGAAAAGGCAACGUAAAAAGAAAAGGCAGUUCCUUUACGAGAGUACAGAUGAAACCCAAUCGACCCCAGAAGAGGCCUUCAGAAGGGACUUCUUCCUGCCUUUGGUUGACACUGCCAUCACCAGCCUAAAAGACAGAUUUUCCAGACUGGAGGGGGUGUAUGCCCUGUACGACUUCCUGUUCAGCAUUGAUAUCAUGAGGGCCACAAUCAAGACUGGGAAAUUGCAUGAGAGAUGCAGGAAAGUGGAACAAACCCUCCAUGAUAUUGAUGCAGACGACUUGGCAUUGGAGAUCAACUCUGCUGUCCACACCUUUCCAGAUGAAGUAUCCAGGUGCCCAUUUAAAAUGCUGGACUACAUAUACAGUGAGAAGCUGUUGGACCUGUACAGCAAUUUAAGCAUUGCACUGCGCCUACUUCUGACCCUUCCUGUCUCGGUUGCCUCCGGAGAGAGGAGCUUUUCAUCUCUGAAGCGCAUAAAGAAUUACAUGAGGUCAACUAUGAGCCAAGAGAGGCUCUCUGGACUGGCACUCAUGUCAAUUGAGAGUGACGUCCGCAGGUCUUUGGACUUGGAGGGGAUUGUGUCUGCAUUUGCUGAGGCCAAGGGCCGCAAGCAGCAGUUUCAGUAGGAAAUAAAAAAAAUAAUAAAGGCUACUUUUCAGUGUAUGUUUGACCUCUUUUGUGAUUAAAACGCACAGAAUUGCGGAAAUUUUUUUUUUAAAGGCCCCCAACAACUUCUUUGCCUAGGGCCCCCAAAAUCCUAGAAACGGGC